AUGCAAAAAGGAUAUGGGCUAAGCCCAAUUCCUAAAGGAUUAUUAUUACAAGAUUAUAGUAAUGAGGGUUUAACAACAUUAGCCGACUUAGAUUUAUCCCCAACCUUAAUAACUUUAAAUUUAACUAAUAAUCCUUUAAAAACUCUAGAAUCAUUAAGAACGAUACCAACACUCGCAAAAUUAGUAUUAGAUAAUACAAAUAUAGAUUCACUUCUUGGAGUUCGACCUCAACCUUCUUUAUCUAAUUUAUCCGCACUUUCAUGCCCGCUCAGUGAUUAUGAAUACUUAGCAAUGAUGUGCACUAUUGUAUUUGGAGAUAAUAUUAUGCAAAUCAACAACCAGCAAGUGAAUGAAAACGAUAAACUUGCCGGCCGGGAAGCAAGAUCCCAUUUAAAGCCAUAUCUACUCCAGGGAUGGAUUAUUGUUUCAACUAUUCCCCUUGUUUUAAAACAUGUCACUUCUGGAGAAAUUCUCCCUCUAAGUGAUACAUAUAAAAUUACACCUGUUGAUCCUGAAAUAUUGGAGCAGACCCGAGAAGUUCCAAUAGGAGUUACAAAAAUAGAAAUUCUACCAGUUCAAAUUCAGAACCCUUUCAAAUUACUCAAAAUGAACCAAUUGGAACCUUUCAUCCAGAAGAUAAUUCACAAGUUGAACUACCAGAAGCUCUUCCAAGACUUUGGAGUUCAAAAAAUGAUACAAACAAAUCAAUAG